ACAGCGAACCAUUGUGUAGUAAGGACGUUGUACCACGAGGAGGAUUACAUUCGAUACUUGGCGCCGUCGUACAAUCGUUCUCUUUGAUUUCGGAUGUAUCAUCUUUCGACAACAUACUUGUACACGUGCAUCAGGUUAGACUGGAACCGAAACAGAUGUAUUUCCGUAUUCGGAUAUUGAUCGUGUAGUUACGUCCACACUGGGGCGUUAGUUUCGUUCACCGGUCAUCUUUUACACAUUUUGUCAAUAAAAGGUAUACACUGGUACAUUCUCAAGUAGAACCGGUUUAAUGGAAGAAGAAGAAAAGGACGUAAAAAGUGAAGUUCUGGAGAGCGAAGAGGUUACAGAAAAUGGAAGUACAAAUGGUGGAGAGAUUGAGGCAAAUGGCGGGAAAAAUAACGGGGGUGACAACGACACGUUCGAGGAUGACUCCACCUUCGCCCUUAAGGGUAUGGAAUAUACGCAAACAGGAAGGAAGACCAGUAUUUUCAAGUACUAUGCGUUUAAGGAGAAAGAAACGAUGCCAAACAUAACGAAGAAACAGGGUCCACUGAUCGGUGUAAUAGAUGUUGGUACACGAACAGUACGAUUUGUGGUUUUCAAUGCGAAGCAUAUAACUGAAGUAGCUUCUCAUCAGAUCGAUAUUGAACAAUUGAGCCCAUUGGAAGGAUGGCUGGAAGUCGAUCCGAAAGAAGUACUUUUUGCUGUGAAGGCAUGCAUCAAAGACGUCAUAAAAAGGUUUGAAUCGCUCAAUCUAAAGGUACAAGACAUCGUCACGAUCGGUAUAACAAAUCAGAGAGAAACUGUUAUAACGUGGGAUGAAAUGACUGGUGAACCGUAUUACAACGCUAUAGUGUGGUCUGAUAUCAGAACCGUUGGUAUCGUCGAUCAGAUCAUUGCCAAGUUCCCAGACAAAAGUAAAAACCAUCUGAAGCCACUUUGUGGUUUGCCGGUCAGCCCUUUUUUCUCUGCUUUAAAAAUUCGAUGGUUGAAAGAUAACGUACCGGCUGUUAGAAAAGCAAUACGAGAUAAACGUUGCAAAGUCGGUACGAUGGACACGUGGAUCCUUUGGAACUUAACCGGUGGUAAGAAUGGUGGACUCUACAUAACGGAUGUCACGAAUGCCUCGAGAACUAUGCUGAUGAACAUCGAGACUCUUUCGUGGGAUCCGACAUUAUGCAGAUACUUUGACAUUCCUAUGCAAAUUUUACCUGAUAUUAAGAGCAGUUCGGAGAUUUAUGGUAAAAUCGCGAUCGGUCCUUUAAGGGGUAUUCCUGUAUCGGGCAUUCUUGGUAACCAACAAUCGGCAUUGGUAGGACAAAAUUGUUUGAAACAGGGUCAAGCUAAAAACACUUAUAGAAGUGGAUGUUUUUUAUUAUGUAAUACAGGAACUAAGAGAGUGUAUUCUUCUCAUGGUUUAGUUACCACAGUGGCAUAUCAAUUGGGUCCAAACAGUCCUGCUGUUUAUGCAUUGGAAGGUUCAGUGGCAGUAGCCGGAGCUGCUAUUAAAUGGUUAAGAGACAAUAUGAAACUCAUCAAGGAUAUUCACGAGUCCGAACAUUUGGCACAAAGUGUUUUUAGUACCGGCGAUGUUUAUUUCGUACCAGCUUUCACAGGACUUUAUGCUCCUUAUUGGAGAAAAGAUGCUAGAGGAAUAAUAUGUGGCCUAACGGCUUUUACUACGAAGCAACACAUUAUAAGAGCGUGUCUCGAAGCAGUAUGCUUUCAAACGAGAGAUAUUUUAGAAGCAAUGCAUAAGGAUUGCGGUUUUCCAUUAAAAAAAUUAAAUACCGAUGGUAAAAUGUCGACGAAUAAUCUCCUUAUGCAGUUACAGGCAGACCUUUGUGGUACACCAGUAUUUAGAUCCACUCUACCGGAUAUGACAGCAUUGGGUGUAGCAAUGGCUGCUGGUCAUGCAGAAGGAAUAGAUGUAUGGGAAUUUGAAGGUGAAGAAGUUGAAAGAGUUCCAACGGAUACGUUUCUACCAACUACAACACCUGAGGAGAGAGAUGCUAGAUAUAAAAAAUGGAAAAUGGCGGUUGAAAGAAGUUUGGGUUGGGCAGCUGUUAAGAAGUCUGAUCAAAUGACAGAUGAAAGAUAUUGCGUCUUAGCCUCUAUACCUGGCAGUUGGUUCUUAAUGACGAGUUUUAUACUACUAAGGUUAAGCCAAUAUUUAGAAAAUCGGUGACACCACGGAUAUGUCACUGCAGUGAUUCUCGAAAUAGACGGCAGAUAGCCUAAUUAUAAUUUUGAACGACAUUUAGGAAGAUGACUGAGAGAGCUCGGUUAUCGAUAUAGAAAAGCAGUCAGUCAUAUUGGUAAGGGAUAACGAGGUUACAAAAGAUUAGAAAUGACUUAUUUUUCUGCAUUACAGCUGUAUAUUAAAAAGCUGUUAUAAAGUGAAGAUACGAUUAAUGGAAAUGGAACAGGGAAUAGAAAAUAAACGAAGUAACACAUCAUUUUGAUAGAACCUUUGACGUUCUAUCUAGAAAAAAAAAAAAGAAAAGAAAAGAAAACGAAAAAAAAAAAGAUAAAAAAGAAGAACAAGUAAAUCUUCGAAAAAUUCCAAAGUUUCGAUUCCACGAUAAAUCGUAUAUAAAUAAUUAUAACAAUAAUUUGCCAGUAAAGCGCGUCAUAUCGUACUCUUGCCAAUAAUUCAAAAAAAAAAAAGAAAAAAGAAAAAAAAAGGAAAAAAAAAAAAGAAAAAAGAAAAAAAAAAGUAAUGGGGAUUUAUAACUGCCUAUCAUCCAUUAGAUUUACAUUUGGAACGAACAAUCGCAAAUUUUCUGUUACUUUUAACGAGAUAAGGUUACAACAUCCAAAGCAUUCAUCAUUUACAUUUGUACAAGCUGCAAUAAUAUGUUAAAGAUAGAUCAAAGCCGCUUAUUUUCUACGUAAUAUGAUGUAAUAUAAUUUUAUUUCUUAUUUAUAUUCAUCGUCAAUUCAAAUAAAUUUAUUAUUUCCCGAAAUCGACCGAAAUGUAAAAUGUACAGCGAAAAUAUAAAAAUAUAUAUAUUUCUCUCGGUUUA